AUGAACAGGUUCAGGAAGAACAAGAAAGGAAAGGACAAUGACGAGGCCGAGGCCGUGCCCCCUUCUUUCAUGGGGAUAUCCUCCAAGUCAAAGAAAACAAACAACAAAGAAACAGCCAAGCCCGAUCUUGAACUCGAUCUCGAUAGUGCGCUUCCGUCGGCAGAUAACUUUCGCACCAGUCUUUUGAUGCCCAAUCUUUCAGCUAGAUUCAGCAUGCUGCGCGAACAGGACGAUCCUUCAACAAAAGUAGGCAAAGCCAAUGAUGACAGCGUGCUCUUCCCCAAGCGAGCUUCGCGCUUGAAUUUGUUCGGCCACAUUCCUAACCCCCUGACCGAUAUUGCCGAAGUCUCAUCAGUCACUGGCCGAUCAUCCUUCGCCACACAAAGGGUAAACUCGUAUGCAUCAGCUGAGGAUGGAGCCGACGACGAUUGGCAGAACCAUGGAGCCAUCAUGAACAGAAAGAGACCAGGCGAGGGAAACAAUCUAUUUGGUGGACGGCAAAAAGUCUACAAAAUUCCGAUGGGUAGCUCUGGCAAAGAAGGCUCCGGAAUGCGAGGCAGGACAGUUUACGAUGACGAUAUCAACAUGUCGGCCUUUCAAAAAUUGAGAUUAAAGGACAAACAGGAGAGGCGAGCGGAGACGACUCCCGAUGAAUCACAAGACGCAAUGACCCCGGAUUCUGAAGAUGGCCUUCCUGUAUUCCUGUCAAAGAGGACGACUUCCUCUUCAACGAAUUCGGGACAAUCUAACCCGCGCACUUCAACCGCGGCUACCUCGAUAGAUGAGCAACAAUCAUAUUCUAGUCAGGCUGCGCCAUCUUCAAACAAUGCCAAGUCUAAUGGAGUGGUACCUAACAGCAUGGCCGGCCAUGUCACCAAGACACGUCGGCUUUAUGGACAAGGACUGGCGCAAACAGCACAGGACCAACAAACCUCGGCAUUGACACGACUUGAGAGUCUCAGUCGACAGCGCGCCGGUGCAGGAACUCCUGAGCUUCCCCGGCUGAAUCGUACAUUUUCCAGGAGUGCAACCAACUUACAUGACAGACGCCAGGGAAUAUCCCCAGUCCUACCAACCCCGUCCUCUGCAAACCGCAACUACAGUCCAGUAACUUCAUCUGGAUCGCCGCUUUCCGAGGCUCUAGAUGCCACCCAAAACCCAGAUCGAGCAUCUGAUAGUAGUAAUGCUGCUUAUGGUGUCGUUCCCCCGCUGAGUCCACCUAUCAGUGAUAACGAGGAAGCUACCGCUCUUGCUGCCGCAUUGCAUCCCGAAGAUAGAGGUAAAGCAACAGCAAUGGGGCUUUUCAAUAAACCAAGUGGCCCUUACGAUGAGCAGCAGUUUAUGCGACGUCAGCUCCAGAUGCAUGAAAAUCGUAACAACACUCCAACGACACGCCAGUCUCCUGCCAAUAGUAUUUCGAGAGCGGAGGGCCGGCCACGAGGGCUUUCAAAUACAAGCUACCUCUCAAAAGCAGAGUCCGCUUCCUCUUACUAUAGCGGCGAUGGCACCGGGUCUAGAGCCCACAGUAUUAGAGACGUGUCACCUCCACGAAAUGGCCAUGGUACCUUCUUUCUGAGUCUGGACAGCGACAACGAGAGUCAGGGCGAUGAACUGCCGCCUCUGAAGAAAGUGUCUUCGGUCAAGUCCCAGGCUUUCGAUGGCAUUCACCCAGCUUUCCGCUCGCGACCUGUUUCUCGAGACUCGGAUUGUGCGCCUUCGACUCGCGGGUCAUUCGAAGCUCCAGACUCUAAAAGUGGUGAGCCCCUGAAUCCGAUACAAGAAAGCAGCCAAAACCCCCCUUCUCCAAUUCUAGAAGAAUCCUCCGAAAAGUCACCCGACUCGCCAACCCUAGGACCUGCUGGAUUGGGACUGAACAACAUGAUUCGCGCGCAUCUAAGACAUGAUAGUAGCCAAUCCUUUAUAAACUUGCCAUCUCCUAGGCUGCCAUCCAACCCAGACCACACACCGUCUAAGCUCAAUGGCAACAGCAACGCCCAACGAAAUGCUCGCAAUGGCGAUGGUGCUAUACCUCGAAAUAUAAACAUUCCUCCACCGGAGGCACCUACUCACCCACCACCACCACCACCUUCUGGAUUCUCAGGCGUAGCGCUGAGAGCGAAACAACUUCGCGAACAAGCUGCUACUCUUCGAGAAAAUCAGUUGACCGCCAUGGAACAAGACCAGCCACGGCCUUCUAUGCAAGAUGAUCUGAGACUUGGACAUUAUCGGGACGGCAGUAUUGAGACGCAAAAGGAACGCGAAGAAUUCGCUCACGAGCUGGCUGAAAGGCGGAGACGCGUUCAAGAAAAUCUACACCGCCUCGGCAGUCGGUCUAAUAGUCCAGCAGCUGGACGCCAGACUCCGGAGACUGGUGGAUCCAGAACUGGAAACGGAUUUUCUUUGCUCAAGAACCGCUCGGCCAAGAAUGCUAAUGGCCCUCAAGAUGUAUCUACAACACCGCCACCUUCCUCCAAGGCCCUGAAGAAGCUUGGAAUCGCUGGUCCAUCAAUGAAUGUGUCCACUCCGUCCCUUGACUCGUGGAGAGAAGAUGAACUAGCUCAAGGUAUGGGUAGUAUAAGCAAACAUUCUAACUCGAGUUCCCCGCAAAUCUCAUCCGGCCGGACUACGGGUCGAGCAGCCUACACUCGCAGUACGAGCUAUGGUAGUCAAGAAGACGGUCCAGACUCGGGGUCAAGCCGACCAGCAUCCCCUGUUCGCACUCACAGAGACCGAUCGACAUCUGCAUCAGCACGGUCUAAAAGCCGACCACGGCCUCGGGAAGAUCUUGGCAUACUUGCUGAGCACUCGGAGAGUCGAUAUGAUGGCGAAAGUGUGCGUCCUGGGCGAUCACCUCCAUCUGCUCGUCCAUCAGUCGAAGUGAAUGAACAAGUCUCUGGUCGGUCUGGAAGAACUUCGGGUAAUGGCAGGGUUGCUGCAGGCGCUCCUCCGCCAUUAGAGCUUGUUGUACCUCAAAAUGAUUCUGCCAGCAGUAUUGGCACGUCGCCUCGACCGUCACCUGUUGUUCCUCCUUAUUCGGCCAAUGCUACCCCUCCUCUGGAAGAUGCGGCUGGAGGGAGAAACUCCCCCGGCAUGGGCAUGUAUCGUUCAGAUUUGGCGAAUGCAGCAGGUGCUCAGUCCUUUGCUCAAAGAAGCCCAGUGGGCAAUGGUGUGCCUAAGAGACAGGUGUCGAAGGCGCAAAUUUCGGAACCGACCUUGGUAUCAAGCACUUCCAAUGUGCCCAUGGUCGACUUGCCUUCUGGAGCAAGUCUCAGCAACGGCAUGUACACUCCUCCAAUACCGCCUAUGAACCCUCGUCGUAGACGAACCACCACAACCCAGACGAUCCUGGGGGCCAUCAAAGGCGACAGAGCACCAACACCACCAUCGGUGCGAUCCAGUCAGGAUGAACGUCGGACCUUUGUUGCUGAGGAUGAGCGACGCGCCUAUAAUCUCAAUAAUAAUAUCAAUAAUACCGACAUCGGCACACGACCGAGUUUGCGCAAAACGUCCAGCGAAGGCGGGUCUCUGAAUUCACAUGCUCGACAGCAGGCUAUCAUGGCUGACACUGCGCCAGCAAUGCCAGUUUAUGCUCCCACAUCUGUCCAGGGAGGGAUGAUUUAG